UGACCGUUCUAACAGUGAAAUAAUAAACAGUUGAUAUAAACAUGCACCGGUCAAUGACUUCCAUUACAAACAAAUGAUUGCUUGCGGAAUAACGUCUCACGACAGCAAUGAGAGGAUCAUUCAUUUUAUUGUGCGUGAUAUCUCGUGCUAGUUUAGAAAUGCAGGGGGUACGUCAUUUUUAUAUGACACACGGGAAGAAACCGAAUCCGUAUCCGAUUAAAAGUGGCUAUGUUUACAAACAAGUAAAUAACCAACCGCCAAUGAUAAUGUCCUUCGGUAAUAAACGCGGGCGUGAGAGACAGUUUGGAGAUAAAGGAAGUAACCUGCGGGAUGCGACGGCGUUGAAAAGUUUUAAUAGUUUUCAAAAUAAUUUUACCAAUCUUACGCGAAAUAGACCUUUAAUAUACGAAGCUGUUAAGAACAUUGAAAACGAUAUGCUAAUAAAAAAUCCUAAAAGAGAAGCUGUCUUCGAAGAUAGGGUAUCAAGUAAUACACUUUUAAACUAUGAGAAGAACAAUGAAUUCCUGAACGACCACCAAGAUGUACGUACCGAUUCAAGGAACUCUUAUGACGGUUGGCCUUUUUUUUAUCGCAGCCCAUAUGAAUACGAACCAAUGAAGUUUAAUAGAGAAAUUGAGAAAGCUAAGGACAAAAGGUUCUUGGUAGAGGAAGAUAAAAGGGUAAUCCCCGUUCAUGAACACAUAAAAGACGAUGUUAUCGAUAAUCGGCCUCACUCUCAACCUGGUGUUUACAAUAAGAGGAUUUUAACAACGGACAAUCCAAUGUUUGGAGAACAGCCAUUUUUCUCAUACGUAUUGAAUGAUUAUUUUGACAAAACGAAUGAUUACGACCCCCUAACAUUUAAAGACUUAAGUUGGGGUAAAGAAUUUGACCAAGAGAUGCCAUUACCUGAUAUAGAUGAUUAUUCUAAAAACUUCGAACGGCUUAAUGAAGUGCCGAGACGUAAAAAUGUUUACGGUUCUGACGAUAAACUGGUUAAAAAAUACUCACAAACUACGAAGGAAAGAAAUAAUAACAAUAAUUUUUCAGAUUCUGAUAACGAACAAGAAGACGAAGAAAGCCAACAUAGACAGUCGUAUCGUAAUUUUAAAGGUGAUAAUGAUAUUGGAUUUAAGGAAUUCGCCGAUUACUUUGCAAAUAGAUUUGGAUCAGAGAAUCAUAACAAUGAGGUUAAUUAUAACGGUAAUAAAAUAAUUGAUAAAGGUGAAAACAAAAAGGGUUUUAGGAAGGUCUAUCAUAAAGACGAAUACCAAGAAGAAACGGAAUUUCAUGAUCAUAAUAACGCAAAAGCUAGAGUAGGCAAUAACAGUGACUCGCAAGCCCAUAUCGGUGGUUUAGAGAGACUAUCACACACUCAAGCAGUAAGCGCCUCAGGCAGUAACAACACUAGUACAGGAUCCAAGGAGAGUGAGGGCAGAAAAAGAUCUGACAAAAGUGAUAAAUCGGAACAUCAACAAAACAAUGAACAGGAUUUCAAACACUACAGAGACGUCGCCAGAGAGGCGGUACUCAGCAAUAAUGCUGACUAUAUAGACAACUAUAUGAUCUAAUUAAAAAUGUUCUAUGAAGAAUUAAUUUUGUCAAUGCAACUUGUUAUUUGAAUAAAAACUUUUGAUACCGA